AUGGAGCCCAACAGCCCCCGGAAGAUCCAGUUCACCGUCCCGCUGCUGGAGCCGCAUCUGGACCCGGAGGCAGCCGAGCAGAUCCGGAGGCGCCGGCCAACUCCAGCCACCCUGGUUCUGAGCAGCGACCAGUCGUCCCCAGAAAUCGACGAGGACCGGCUCCCCAACCCAUUGCUGAAGCCAGGUCUGUCCAUGUCGCCCAGACAGAGGAAGAAGGUCCCCCGCACCACCCCCACCAUGAAAGAGCUCCAGAUGAUGGUGGAGCACCACCUGUGCAAGCAGCAGGCGGAGGAGGAGGAUGCCAGCGUGGGGAGUCAGGAGCCACACAGCCCCGGGUGCUGCCACCACGGUAACACAGACCCCAGCCACAGCCCCGGGGGGACCUGCCCCCUUGCCCAGGCCAAGUCCAGGCUGGAGUCUCAGGAGGGCAACCAUGCUGGACCAGACGGAAGGGAAGAAUCGACAGGAGCUUGUGCAAAAAGCGAAGACAAUGGAAGGCCAGGACUGUCCUCAGAGAAGCAGCGCGUGCAUAUACUACCAAAGGACUCCUCAGGCAAGCAGGCUCCUGCAAGUGACUAG